ACAGCUUCUUUCAAAACUCAAAUCUAGUCUCGCUUUUCGUUAAUUCGUUCCUGCAGAAUCUGUGACACGACGAUGGCUUCAAUCUCUGAAACUUCCGACGACGGCUCUAACGGUGGCGUACCAAACAAGAAAUCCGAAGAACUCCACAAGAACCCUAAAGAAGAAGAAGAAGAAAAAGACGAUCAAAACGAGAAACCGAAAGAAGAAGAUCAAGAAGACGAUCAAGAAGAAGAAGAAGUAGAGAAUCUUCCUCAGAUUCCUCGAGAAAUCCCACCAGAACUAAUCGAAAACACCAUCGCACUCAUCCGGAGAUGUCAUUACCCGUCGCUAUCUCUCCUCUCUAACGCCUUUCGUCAAGUUAUCUCUUCAGAGGAUCUCUUCCAAACUCGCUCUCGCAUCGGUUUGACCGAACCGGUUCUUUAUACCUUGAUCACGUUCAAGUACCCAAAUUUUGAAGAACCAAGAUGGUUCAUUCUCCAUCGGAGCAACGUCUCUCUACAACUGACCAGAGUCACUUCUCUUCCUCCCAUGUUUCUUGGAUGCACCGCCGUCACAAUGGGCCACAAGAUUUACUUGCAAGGUAUGUUAAUCUUUGAUGAGUAUGGACUAUUGAUGACGAAUUAUGAUGUUUCACACGUUUUCUUGAGCCUCAAGUUUUAUUUAGGUUUUCAUAAACUUGCAGCACUUUGGGGAGUUGCCAUUGGAGGAACCGUUCACAAAGUCGGUGACUCCGACGGAUGGACGAUAAUGAGCGUCAAUAAUUACGAGGAAUGGUCAUCUUCAAGAACUUUUCAAGUCGGAGACUCUUUGGUCUUCAAAUACAACAAAGAUUUCCACGACGUCACUGAAGUCACUCACAAUGAUUUCAAGCUGUGUGAACCGUCUAAACCGCUAGCAAGAUACAAGACCGGGUCUGACACCAUCAUUCUAACCAAACCGGGACUCCAACACUUCAUAUGUGGAUUUCCUGGUCACUGCGACAUGGGCCAAAAGCUUCAAAUCCAUGUAUUACCAGCCUCGUUGGGACCUGUCGCUGCUCCGGUUCCUAGACCUGUCCGAUCACCAAGCUCUUUUUCGUCUCCUUCACCAUCUCCGUUGGCUUCACAGUAUCAGACGGGACCAUCACCAGCUCCACUUAGCGCAGCUUCAAACUCUAAUGUUUGGAUUGGACUCUGUUUCAUUCCUUUACUUUUACUUUUCAUCUUAGUUUGAUAUAUUUACACACGUUUUGUCUUAUUGUUUUUUGGUUCAAAGUCUCUACUAAUUUCUAAGAAUAUAAACCAAUAAAAUAGUGAAUUAUAU